CCAAAGAGACUCCCUCCCAGAUUCUCGGGCAGCCAGGGCCCUCCCUCCACAAAGCAUUGAAGCAGAGUCAUCUCUGACAUGAUUAUCUAAAUGAGGACAAUUGUAGCCCCCAACCAGUGAGGACGGGGAAGGAGAGAAGGCAAAAAAGGAGAAGACGAGAAGGAGGCAGAGAGAAGAGGAGGAGAGGACAGACCGCCUCCCUGGGCUGAGGAGCCAGGCUAUGUCUAGGCAGCUCAAGUUGGAGGAGGGCUUCUGACUUUUGACAUUUCCAGUGGGCUUUUCCUCUCUUGCCUCUGAAGCAAGGGAAGAAGGUAAGGGCAUCAGUUGCUCUAAGGAAUGAAAACUCUUACUCCCGGAACCCUCUCCUUCUUCCUCUGGAUCCUACAAGAGCAGGUCUUACUCAGGUUGGCUUCAGGGAAAGAGGAAGUCAAAACUGCCUCCAAGAGCAUUCCUCAGCCCAUGUCACCCUCUGAUUUCCUGGACAAGCUCAUGGGACGAACUUCUGGGUAUGAUGCUAGGAUUCGGCCCAAUUUUAAAGGGCCCCCCGUGAAUGUGACUUGCAAUAUCUUCAUCAACAGCUUCAGCUCCGUCACAGAAACCACGAUGGAUUACAGAGUGAAUGUCUUCCUUCGGCAGCAGUGGAAUGACCCACGCCUAGCAUACCUAGAAUACCCAGAUGACUCCCUGGACCUAGACCCUUCCAUGCUGGACUCCAUUUGGAAGCCAGACCUGUUCUUUGCCAAUGAGAAGGGUGCCAACUUCCACGAGGUGACCACUGACAAUAAGCUGCUUCGGAUCUUCAAGAAUGGGAGUGUGCUCUACAGUAUCAGGCUAACUCUUGUCUUGUCCUGCCCAAUGGACCUCAAGAACUUCCCCAUGGACAUCCAGACAUGCACAAUGCAGCUAGAAAGCUUUGGUUAUACUAUGAACGACCUUGUGUUUGAGUGGCUGGAAGAUGCCCCGGCUGUGCAGGUGGCUGAGGGGCUGACUCUGCCCCAGUUUAUCCUGCGGGAUGAAAAGGAUCUUGGCUAUUGCACCAAAUAUUAUAACACAGGCAAGUUUACCUGCAUCGAGGUAAAGUUCCACUUGGAGCGCCAGAUGGGCUACUACCUGAUCCAAAUGUACAUCCCUAGCCUGCUCAUCGUCAUCCUGUCCUGGGUCUCCUUCUGGAUCAACAUGGAUGCCGCCCCUGCCCGGGUGGGCUUGGGGAUCACGACAGUAUUGACGAUGACAACGCAGAGUUCGGGCUCCCGAGCUUCUUUACCUAAGGUGUCCUAUGUGAAGGCGAUUGAUAUCUGGAUGGCAGUCUGUCUGCUCUUUGUAUUUGCGGCCCUGCUGGAGUAUGCUGCUGUGAACUUUGUGUCCCGACAACAUAAGGAGUUCAUGCGCCUUCGAAGGAGGCAGAGGCGUCAGCGCAUGGAUGAAGAGGUCAUUCGAGAGAGUCGAUUCUAUUUCCGGGGUUAUGGCCUGGGUCACUGCCUGCAGGUCAGGGAUGGAGGUCCCAUGGAAGGCCCAGGUAUUUAUAGCACCCCACCCCCAGUCCCUCUCCUGAGGGAGGGGGAGGUUGUGCGGAAGCGCUACGUGGACAGGGCCAAACGAAUUGAUACCAUCUCCCGCGCAAUCUUCCCUUUCACGUUCCUCAUCUUCAACAUCUUUUACUGGCUUGUCUACAAAGUUCUGCGAUCAGAAGACAUCCAUCAAGCACCAUGAGGAGGGCAGGGGACUCACGGGUGUGCCUCUAGGAGCGGGGCAGGGCUGUCACCAUCCUUCAGCCUACAUAAGAACUUGGACAGUUCCCUGACCUCCCAUCCAGAGUACCCAACUACCAGCCUACCAGUGACAUGGAUAUAAGCUGCUGUUGCUGCUGCAUGGUGACAAAAGUGGCUGUACUUCUAGAGAAGGCUUAUCUAUUCAAAUCUAACCAAGCUCCAACCUCACUCAUCCUCUCCUAAAGUUAGGCUCUGUCAUUUUCCUGGAGCUAGCUAAUAAGGUCUUCUUUCUCUUCCAAAGGCUCAUCUUCCAGCACUCCAUUAAGGGGGUACCCAGGUCCCUGAUGCUAAAAACUAUAGGCUCUUUAAUCUCAUCCCAGUCCACCUUCACCCCAGCAUGGCCUUACAGGGAUGCUGUGCCCACCCCACCCUCUUCCCUUAUCACCUUAACAUGGUGCAUCCUACCCAUUCUAAAGCAUGGAAACUAACGGUGUGCCCAUCCAUACUUGCUGCCCUUCAUGGCCAGCCAUAUAUAUGUUCAGAGGACCUGAGAGCCUCCAUUUGGGGCUACAGAAGGAAGGGAAGCUGACAACCUUUCCACCACCCAUUUAGCACAGAGCAUGACUGGAAGACCCUGCACUGAACUAGGGAAAUCAGCUGAGAAGUUUUCAUGAGAAUUAGAGAACCCAAGGCUAGGCAUAGAUGGGGGUGGUGCUUUAGACUUCUGGGAAAAUCUGGUCUUGACAACCCAGAUAGGCCUCAUCAUUUAACACUACUGGGAACACUUACUCUGACUUACUCUGCUGUUCCCGAAGGCCAUCAUCCUUUAUGAACCUAGCAUGGCAAUGGUAGCUUUGGGUCAUCUAAAAAGAAAUAGUAUUUUUUAAAGGAAUUGCUUGAUCUUACCCAGUGGCACAAGAAACCAGGCCUGAGCCAACAUGUGCCUGAACCCCUAGGAGUUGUGGGAAACAGAGACUGUCCUUGGAUAGUUUUAUGUUUGCUUUUUUUAUUCCAAACCUCAAACUCUUUGAUAUCCCAAACUCUCUUCCCUUGUGCCUACAUCACCAAAAGAUGCACCUGGCCUCUUGGCUGCUGACUUCAUCUCCUGCUGUUGGUUAUGAGUUAAGACCUUGAGAUCAUGCACUCUUUUUGGCAGAGUUCACAGCAACACUCCAACCCUGUCCUGGCCAGAAUGACAUCCCAGGUUCCUGAGUAGGAAUGGGAUGCUAACAGGAUCAUGUCACCCUGCAUGGGUGUGUGUCAUUGGUAGGAGCAUUUAGGGGUGCCCUAAUCUAGUAGCCAUGCUUCCUAUUCUCUGCCUCCCAACACACACACACACACACACACAUAUAUACAUGCACAAACACACAUACACACAGCAGCUGAGAACAGUACCAGAGCUCGAAGGAUGAGGUACACAGUACACACUUCAGGGUUGUAUUUCUGCUGCCUCUCUAUCAGGCCUCAAGGCAGCAUGGAGCCAGCACCUUGGAGUCUAUAGCAUGUGCAAAAAACUGUGAGCUAGAAAGACACUGGCUGGAAGAGGUGAACUCAAUAAAUCUUCCUUGUCAUUUUUUUGGGCAUAAUCAAUUGGGUUUCUUGGAAUGACAUACACCCUCUCUUUUACUACCUUGUUCGAAUUCCAAAGUCAGUAAACCACAGAGUCAACAUUCUCCCCUGGCCCAAUGAAUGAGGUUGUCUGUUUCUUCUUGGGUGGUACUGUAGAGGCCUUUCUUCCAGCAUGGCAGCAAGUCAUGGGGCACCGAGUUCUGGACCUGGUUGGUGUCUGGAAGACCUGAGUU